UUAAGUGGGGGAACCAAAGCAAAGCAGAGCAGAGCAAGAAAGAGAGAUUCAGAUCACUGUCCCUUUAACUCUGUACGUACGUACUGCAACGCACUACAUGUGAAGAGAGAGAGAGACACAGAGAAGGGAAGGAAGAGAUAGCAAGAGAAAUCAAGCUCCAGAGGAGGCAUUUAUCGCUAUAGCUGCUGCCCUGCUAUCUCUCUUCUCCAAGAAAGCAACCACCUUCCUUCCUUCCGGAGAUUCAUUUCCUUUCUCAAAUCGCUUCUCCUCCUCCUUCUUCUUCGUCCUCUGCUCUUCUUCUUCCUCCUGCCGCCGCCGCGCCGCCGCUGCUUCGAGGACCGGAUUCGACUUCAGAGAAGAAGACGGAGAGAUCAAUCGAUGGCAGGUGAGGGGGGAGAGAAGCAUUAGUACAGUUUUUGACAGGACUUUCUGAGUGAACCUUUUCGGAUGGUGGAUAUGGAGGAGGAGAAGAAGAAGAACAGGAAGCUGGUGGUGGUUGGGCUCACAACAAGACACUCCAUGAUGAUAACCACUGGCUCAGCUUCAUCUCCUCCUAACCCUCCUCAUGCUGCAACUGGGGGAAAUUGUGGAUUCAAACACCCGGAGCAAAGCAUUCUAAAUAACAACAGAAAUGAGAGUGAAGGUGGAGCUCACAUCGCCGAAUUCAGGCGUAAGAAAGGGAAAAAGGCUAAUAAGCCUCUGAAGUGGAGAUCAACCAACAGCGACAUGAAUAACGGCAAUGGCGAGGCAGAAGGUUCCGAUGGAGACCGCAGAGGAGAUGAUACAGUCCUCUCCUCACUGACUACAGCUGGUAGCUUCAGCAGUGUGAUAAGCAGGAAGAGAGUGAUGAAGACCCUUGGAAAGGUAGCUGAGGAUUCUGUGGACCCACCAGUUCCUAGAAAAUUGAGAUCAGCUAUAAAUAAGCACGCGGGUCGAACUGUCUCUUCAUCACCGCGGAUUGUCAAGAAGAGGCGUCAUAUUUCAGCUAUCAGCGCUCAGAUUUUUUUCAUGGAUCGUGAAACAAGAUUCGAUGCAACCACGUCAUCGAAUCCUUUCACAAAGGAGGAGGAAGUGCUUGCUAGUACUUUGCUAUCGCUAUGCCAAACACCCCCUCCUUGUGAGCCGACAACCGACAUGGCGAUGGGAGAAGAUAUCUCAAACACAAAUGUUGCCUCAACCUCUUGUUCAGAAGAAGCUAUUAAGGAGGAUGCCAAGAUAACUGUGUUGCCACUUGAUGCUGACAAAGUAGCUACCAAGCCUGCCCACACAGAUCAACAAGUGGAACGAACUGGCAGUCUUUCACAAGUAAAUCCUCCCUUAGGUGCUCCCCAAGACAGCAUAAAUCCACAUUUGCCAAAAGGUGGACAGACAAAGGACCUUUCUUUGGGACUUGUCGCGAAUUCGCCAAAUCCAUCUAAAGACUUGUCAAACAACAGCAUGUGGAAGCAUCCGAAAGUGCAAUUUGAUGGCAGUCUAAGUCUAACUAAUCCGACAGGAACGGAGGCUCCUCACUGGCUGGUGAACUGCAAAAAAUCUGAUUUUGCUGUACAUGAUGGGACAAAAGCUGAGAAGAAUAGUGCCCAAGAAGUAACACCUACACCUCCAGUCCGGACUCCACUGCCUUGUACCUCAAAGGGGUAUUCAACAAAGCCCUCUUCAAGCACAUCGGCCACAUGGACAAAUCCUGCUACGGGAACUGCUAAGGCUAGUGCGACUGCAAAUAGUGACAGGCUUUCCCUUUCUAAAAAAGGUGAACCUACAAAGACAUGGAAGAAAAGUAUCACCCAUGUCUAUGUGAGUCAUCUCAUCCAAAACCAUUUGAACAAAGACAAGGCAUCAGAAAGCCAAGUAAAACCCGAUGAACAAUCUCACGUCCACACAUCAAAAUCCCCAACCGGCGCCCCCUUGAACAAGAACGCAGCACAUCUCGACGCAAGGCACCUGAUUCAGCCGCCCAUUGGAGUUAGAGACACAGCUGCUGGUCAGCGACGAACUGCGGCCAGCAGUGGUAUUCUGAACACGCCGACUUCGGCGGCGUUCUCGGGGCCACAGCACGUUCAGUAUCUGCAUCCCCAGAUGAUCGCCCACCGCGGCGCGGCACCGUAUCCGUAUCCCCAACUCCAUUGCAGCAGAGGGGAUUUGGCACCAGCAAUGACGAUCCAGCAGAUGCAGCAGUACAUGUGCAGCCCUGGCUUCGCACCGCAUCCCGGCGCACCGGCAAGUAGCUCGGCCGCCAUGAAGCUCCAGCGGUUCGUGCCAACUCCACAGCAGCAGCAGCAGAUGUGGCAGUUCCAUUUCGCCCAGUAUCAGCCAGGCCCAGGUGAUGGUGUUGCACCCCUGUCAUGGCAGAACAGCCGUCUCCAGGACAUGUCAUCCUCGCUGCGGCCAAUGCCGGUGAUCCGUCCUCCCCCGGCAAUGAUGCAGCAGCAGCAACAGAUGGAGCUCCUCUGCGCGCCAUAUCAGGGCGGCAGCGGUGGCGGUGGAAGACAGCCGUCGCAGCUCAGGCUGAUCUAGUGGAAGCAACUGGCAGUUUGAUGUGUAGAACUUGAAGAGAUUGAUCUCUGGUGUUUUUAUGUUUAACCUGACAAAAAAGAAAGGUUCUGAAAAAAAAAUACAGCAAUGGUUGGGUGACUGUCAGAGCCCGGAGAGGGGCCAAACUGUGAUUAGUUAAUAUGUAUAAUUUACAAUGCAGUUACAUAAUUUAUCAGUGUUUCAGUUCAACACUGUUACUAAA